UCUCCACAAAUAUGAAAAGUUCCUUUCUCUGCAGAAGCUGAGACGCAGUUGGGAUGAACAACAGUCUUUUUUAGACAACGCUGACUCCAAUAGUCUAAAAAAUUACUGUUAGUAAAUUCGUAAAAUCAUCGCCCAGCUAGUAAAUUCACGCAUAAAUAAAUAGCGCACCAGCAAUAAAUAUUUUCAACUCGUGAAGAAGGGUUAAAGUAUCUAAGAUUAUUAUAACAUUGGAGUAAAAGGUGCAAGUUCUAGGCCGGGAUAUUUAUUUAAUUUCCCAUGAAAUUUUCAUGGCCUCGUUCAGUAUUCCGAAGGCCAAGAAACACCGCGGAGAUUGUUCACUGAUCGUCAGAAACCGAAGCGGUGGUGACCCCUCAAAGUCACCUGCCACAGCCUCGCCCACUUCGACAACCGCCUACGACCUCGAACUCGCGACCUACCAUCGCCACCUCCAAGUGCAAACGGCCAGCGCCCUCAUGGGCCAGUUCUACAACGGAGAGUUGGCUACUCAUCAUCAUCAUCAUCACUCGGCCGCUGCUUUGGCGUUGCGAGGAGGAGGAGGCACCAACAACGGUGGCGUUGGUGGGAUCAUCGGAGGACUGAGCUCGUCACCAGGAUCUGCUGGGGUGAGUCUUUGGGGUGAAAUGAGCCAGCAACGAUCCGGUUAUGUCAACCAUCUUUCCACGUCACAACAAGACUCUGAGAUGAUCUCCAUCCCCUGCGAUAUUCCACCAUGGGGUCCACCCCCAGGAGCCCCAGCCAACCCCCCUAGCGGACGUGGUAACAGUCAACGAUUUGGUCAGUCCAAGUCCUCAUCGAAAAAGCCACGUCGUCGGGUAGCCACCGUUCAACAAAGACGAGCUGCAAAUAUUCGGGAACGAAGGCGCAUGUUCAACUUAAAUGAAGCGUUUGACCGUCUUCGACGAAAGGUUCCAACGUUUGCGUACGAAAAGCGUCUCUCCCGAAUUGAAACCCUAAGGCUGGCCAUCACAUAUAUUGGGUUUAUGCGGGAUCUUAUGGCGACGGGACCAUCGGAUGAGGGGAACAAUAAUAAUGGCUCGUCAGCACCCAUCACUACCACGAACGGGGGCAAUCACUCCUCCCACAAGAAGGGGGAAAGAGGGACCCAUUCCCACUCACACAUGAACAAUCAUUCCACUUCGGCAGGGAGUCAACAACCAGCGCACUUUAUGCCGGGAUCUUCUUCUCAUAACUCGCAUUCCACUUCAAACAACACGAAUCCAGGUCAUGUGCAGGGUCACGGUCAUAACAACCACCCUGGGCUGGGAGGACUUAUGAAUCCAUUGAUGAUGGAGACCUGUCACAAUCACCCCCCAGCCCCUCACCCUCCGUAUGGGCGCAUGUACCCCCAUGCACAGCCUCACAUCUACAUUCCUUAGGUCAGCAGAACGCGACUACUAAUUCAUAAUAAUCAUUCACAAAAUGAUCUGCUCCAAUCUUGUCUUCCUUUAACAAAUCGAUUUCAAUAUCCAACUUUAUAGUCAUUUAGUACACAAUUGCUAAUUAUUUUCUGCAGUGCAUUCAAGUAUACAUAAUUUUGUAAAUAUUAUGCAGACAAUAAUGUAAUCAUGAUAGUUGGAAUGCACAAUAAUAAAUAUGUGAAUUUUAUCACUUUUGAAAUAUUAUGACAAAAUAAAGGGUUUUGUAAUAAAAUCAGUGUACAUAAUUUUCUUCUUGUAAUUGUCGUUUUAUUCGGAUUAACAGAAUUUACGUACUUCAGACAAAGUUUUGAAACUGGUAUAAAAUUAGUUCCUAUAAAACCAAUGAAUAACGAGGAAAGGGGAGCUACACAUUUGUAUAAUUGAGCUAAAUAAUGUAAAUAUACAUAUUGUGAGAUUAUGACAUGUCGUAGUCUGCAACAGGUUUAUCGUCAUCAUAAUGGAAUGAUUAAUUGUAUAAUAUAAUAAUAAAACUGGGGAAACGCACAUUUUCAGUAGUUUAUUGAGAAUUGACUGAAAGAUAAACAAAAACAAUUGACACCUGAAUUGAACAAAAAACACCGUACACCCGGCUGGCAUUAAAUCUGUAACAAUUUGGACUUGAAAGAAUUAUGAUGCGCUUAAGCUAUUUUGAAUUUAAGCAGGUGGGCAAACAAAUUGCGAAACAGCAACAAUUAAACACAAUACUAGACUAAUACUAGACAAACACUGAACCAAAUUAAAUCCACUACAUACACAUGCUACCAUAAAGAUACAACAAAUUUGCGAUAAAAUCAUUAAACAAAAUUGUAAAAA